AUGACCGUGGCCACGAACGUGCACGACGACCGCGGUUCGGGGUCCGAGGAGGCCCCACAGUCUGGCUCGAAGCCCUUCGACUGCCACGCCGGCUUCAGCAACUGGGAGGCGGGCUGGUCGGCGGACAAGAAGUCGUGGUGCUGCGACCAUGAGCACAAGGGCUGCUCUGGCACCUCGGAGCCCUACGACUGCGAGGCGGGCUUCAACAACUGGCAGGCCGGGUGGUCCGGCGACAAGAAGCGGUGGUGCUGCUCCAAGGAGCGGGAAGGGGUGCACGACCACCACGUCCCCGCCUUACGACUGCUCCGCCGGCUUCAAGAAUUGGGAGGCUGGCUGGUCCAAGAGCAAAAAGGCCUGGUGCUGCGAGAGAAGGCCUGCGCCUCCGACGGCGCCCAGGAGCUGCUCGAGCAGCUCUCGGCCGGCGAGGAGCCCAGCCGCCUCUUCCUGGAGCCGUCCGACCCGGACGCCCGCCCGGGCCGCCCAGCGCUGGGCCGCCAGGUCAGGGACGACGAGGACGGGCAGGCUCUAGAUGCUGUAGAGUUCGGGCCGCAGUUUUUCUUCCUCCAUCUCGGCCCCUCUGGGUGUCCCGUGUCGGGGACGAAGUCGUGA